UCCCAGUUUGAGCUGAAGUUUUAAUCCCUUCCCGCUGGCAGAUGUCAGACGUUAUGAAAGCCUAGAUAAAAUGAUGGAGUUUAUGGCAGGUAGAACCAUUGAACUAUACCCUUUUACAACUAUAAAAUAACUUGCAGCCAGGAAGAGUUCAUCAGUUGGCCAAGAACAUCUUGCCAAUCAAGACAUCUAAACAAGACGAUUUGAAAAGAAACCAAGCCAAUCAUUGAUUUUCUAAAUAUAUAAUACAGUUUAAACGAACUUUUUGCCUAAUUGAAACACAUUCGCCAUCAUGAGCAACAUCAGCAACGACAGUGGAUUGGAUGACUCCGCGAACAGUGGCGCCGUUGUGAGCGCCAAUGGACCAUUGGCAGCGACUAGGCUAUCCUGGUUCCUGGCCGAAGUGGAUGACGGCUUGAUGAAGGACGGAAAACCAAAUGGUCGGCGACGUCUCUGCGUUCUCCAUUCGAUGGAACUCCUAGAGUCAGAUGUAUCCGACAAGUACAUGACCCGUUUCGUAGAGUUUCGGGUCAAUGGAAUGGUGCUGGAAGCGAAACUUAUACUGGCAGCGGAUGAGAGGCGCCUGGUGGAUGCAGCAUUGCUUUCCAUGAGCAAGGAGGAGAGGGAAGAUGCCAGCGCACAACAACUGUUGGUCCAGUACACCGAAAAUGAGAAGGCGGGCGAGCGCCUAAUCCAGAAACUUGUCUCUCCAAACAAUGUGAUGUGGCUGAGCACCAAGCCCGAGCUGAAGGGUAAUCCUCUGGUGAGCCUGGCACCCGGUUGCAUUGCCCAUGUCUUAUACGCAUACGAAAGUCGUGAUUACAUGGAAAAGAUCCUACUGCACCUGAAAGCGCGAAGCUUUGAUCUCGCCUUUGAUGAUAAUUUGGCAACUGAACCGGAGGCCAUGAAUGAUGACACUUGGAUGCUGGUGCAGUACAGUCCUGAACCGGAGAUGGUGGUCUACCAGGUGGUGCAAUACAGACAAACCGUGUGGCGGAAAGAGAAUCUCUUUAAGGAUGUGAUUGCCUACAUGCAACUGCCUGGUAGCGACAUCGUCCUCCAGGCGGUAGUCAUCAGCUAUGGCCAGGAAAAAGAGGCCCAGGAUGCGAAGUACGAGGAGUUACAAAGAUUCCCGUUCGAUAUUGACUUUCCACUGCCCGAUGAGCUGGACAAGCACCCCGAUCACAUGACAUCCACCGCCCUCUUCUCGCGAACCAGUUUGUACCAGAAGGCGGAGCAGCGGGACUCCACUGGAGAGCACAAGGAGCUGCGCAAAAGUCUGGAGCAGAUGAGCGAAAAGGCCCAGGGCGAGGCGCAGUUGAUCAUAGAUGCCUUCGACAUGGUAGACAAUAUCAACAAGAAUCUGCAGAGUCGUUUGUCCGGAGAGGUGCGAUCGGGAGUGGAGGCCAUAUCCGGAGAUGAACUUCAUUAGUUGACAAAGACAUCACACCUUCAUUAUAUGUAGUAAACUAAGUUAGGUUCAAA